AUGCCAACUAAACAUUAUUUGAGAGAAAAAACAAGAAUGAUGGAGUCCAAGAAGUCGAAAAACGAGAUUACAAUGAUUCCGAAUGGUACUUCUUACUUUCCUACUUUUCCCAUCAAAAUCGAACCUUUGAAAUUAAGACAGAAAAAUUAUAUUGAUAACGAUACACCUGUAUCUAAUUUGGAUUUUUUGGAAUCCGUUCUAAAAAUGGAAGAGUUUCAAUUAACUACCACAGAUAAGGCAUCUCAACCAUUUGAAAUAUUCAAGAGAUGUCACUCUGUCAAUAAGAUCUUUCAAAUGGAAUCAUUUUUCCACAAGAAGAACAUGAAUAGGGUUGUUACCUCUUCUGAUUAUAGUUUUGAUUCAACGAUUUCCGAGGGUACCACCAUGGUCUUCAAAGAUGAAGAAACUGAGAAAGAGGGAGAAGAAAGAGAUAAUAAAAAGAAAACAUCCAUUGAGAUGGUAAAAAUUAUCAUAACACCACAAGCUUUAAGUGUUCAAGAUUCUUCAAUGCCAAUUAACAGGAACUGGAACAAGAUCAUAUUACAAUACGAUCAUUAUUUCAAAAGUAUAUUAAAGAAAUAUCAAGAAUAUGAUGGAUCAAAAAUAUAUUCGAAUUGGUAUUUUUUAAUUGAAUCAUACGUGGAAACUACACUUAGAGAAUUAUCAAUUAGAUACCUAAGAUGGGUAAAUUUGACUCCAAUGAUAUCUGUAUCUUCUUCCUUUCUUUCUCAACUCAAUAGAAUCCUAGAAAAUUUACCUAGGGUUUUUAUGAAAAGAUAUUUCCUUUAUCAAAAGGGUAAAGGAAAUUCAAUAGAUAAAUUUACCAACUCUCUAAAGAAUAUGAGUAAAUUCUUUGCAAACAAAAAGAGGGCCAAAAUUAUACAGCAAGAUGUCAUUAUAAGUGGGAUAUGGAUGGAUACUGAUAAUGGAAUAUUAAUCUUAAGUAAUUGCUUGCUUAAUUUUAACCCAAAUUUUUUUAAUAAUUCAGUCAAGGCAACCGCAGGCAUUUGCUUGAAGGAAAAGGGGAGAGAUAUUAUAGUAAAAAAACUUCUCUUCUUUAUCAAUUUUGCUAUCUUACACUGUUUCAUUAAUGAGAUACAAAUGGGAAGCAACCCAUAG